AUGAAUAUCCCCCAUGGGACGACGUGGCGACCGACAAGCAGCAGGAUAUUGUUGAAGAUGACUUCAACUGUCUCACCUGUGACCAACUUCACUACAAUAUUCUCCAAUACCACAAUCACCACCAAGUCCAAAGAACAAAUACUCACUCAGAGUUCAGGGGCUAUGAUUGCUGUCAUUGUCAUCGGGAUCAUUAUCCUUCUAACCAUACUACUUGUCAUCCUGAGGACAUACAACAGGCGGACACAUGCGUCCAGAGUGCUGGGUACAGGCUCCAAAGGGCCACCUCGACAGAAGAUGUCCUCUUCUACAGUGCAGACCAGCAUGCCCUUGGGGAGCUUUGCGCUGUCAAGUAGUAUGUCCGAAAAUGGAUUCCGGCUGCCCCGAGUGGAACUAAACAGCCUGGACCAAAACAACUUGGAGCAACAAAGCAGAAUCAGCGAUUCGACAGUAGUCACCAUACAUGAUACUCCAUCACUAGGGAAUACAUAGCAGGCCGCUAACUUAUUGGACAGGUGACAAAGUCAGCAUAUAAUGCUUGAAAAGAAAACCUUUAUUAUGAACAAAGUGGUGCUAUAGGAACGCAAUGAAUAUGCAUGGACACUCCUGUGGACAAAGAAUUGCUUUCUUGACUACAGUGUUCAGAACAUGGACAAAAUUAUCCUGCUGUCUGUGCAUUUGCAGCUAUGCUACCAACAACCACGAGGAUAAGCGUUGGAGGAGAGAUGUGUACAAGAUUUACGGCAUGAACAUGGUAUCGUGUCUAGUUUUUCUGUGUGCGUACAUUUCUGUGAGGGAGUUGUUCACAGGGUUUUACAUUUAUUCACAUUAUUCUGAUGUAAGAUUAUUAAUCUUUUUUUAAUCUGAAUAAUGUUGUUGUGGUUUUCAGGAAAAAUCAUGAGAAUGUUUCUGUGAAAAGUCAAUACUGGUUUGAAUCCCUGUGGAGAUCUAGAUAGCAUACAAUUAAGAAAUAAUAAGUCCCAAUUAGUUUGAUUCCAAAGGAUUUAGCAUUUUUCACUCAACCUAUCCUGUGAUUAUUUUUGCUUGUGGUUAUUUCAUUGAAAUUAAUAUUGAAAAUAAAUAUUGAUAUUUCUAAAAGUGUGUGCAUGUUU